AUGUUUGCAGCAGGUACAGACACAACUUACACAGUAUUGGAAUGGGCGAUGUCAAAAUUGUUGAAACAUCCAAAAACCAUGAAGAAACUGAAGAAUGAAAUCAGAAAAAUAAAAGGUGAUCACAAAGGAUGUUAUGUAAAUGAGAAUGAUUUAGACAAAAUGGUUUAUUUAAAGGCAAUAAUCAAAGAGACGUUGCGACUGCACCCACCCAUUCCACUUCUCAUUCCUAAAGAAUCAAUCAAACCCAUAAAUUUAAGAGGGUAUGACAUCAAACCUAGAACUCGAGUUAUAAGCAAUGUCGCCCCAAAACUAUGGGAAGAAGCAGAGGAGUUUAGGCUAGAAAGGUUUAUGAACAAUUCAAUAGAUUUCAAGGGUCAGGAUUUCGUGUUGAUCCCAUUUGGUGUAGGGAGAAGAGGAUGUCCUGGGAUUGUGUUUGCAACUGUAAUUAAUGAGAUAACUUUAGCAAAUUUGGUGCAUAAGUUUGAUUGGAUGGUUUCAAAUGGUGAGGUUUUGGACAUGACAGGAGCUUUUGGGAUGACCAUUCAUAGGAAGUUUCCACUUGUGGCUACAACAACUCCUUGUUAG